AUGUCUGGCUAUUUCACCUCGCGUAUUUCAGGCGCGCCAAAACGCAUCUUGUAUGCACACAACGAACACAGUGUGGUCGAGACUGCCGGGAUGAUUGCUCGCGACAUGGCAUUGCAUGGCUACCUUGAAGAAUCAGCAAUGGUCAUCGCUCCCAUCUGGAACUCGGCUGUCCAGGGUUAUACAGACUUCUCACUUGCUUUUGUCCGAAAUACUCUCUCUAACUUUGGUCUGGAUUUAAUCUGGAAGGGCGCAAAUUUUGUUCCCCCAGGGCUUGAUAAAUGGGAGUCUGCAUUCGAUGUUUUGAAAUACAAAGACGAGCUGAUAGAGAUACAACAACGAAAGUACUUCUGUUUCGGUGCAAACCCGGGACACGAAUCGGGUCCCAAUGAGGUGCUUGGUCAUUGCUCCUGGCAGGUUAUACGGGAUAUGUUAAUGGUUUGGGAAGAUCCAGAUACGCAUAUAAUGUACCUUCCUUCUCAGAGGACGGAGCUUGAUGCACUCGUGCGCCUGGAAGCGUAUAUCAACCAAGGACUAUCAAACACCCCUGCAGUCGAGGAAUACAGACCAUGUAUACUGGGACUCGAGCUAUCUCUGAAAUAUGAAAGGUCCCAGUUAGCGCACGAGUUCCUUGGCACAAUAGCUACUCAGAUAGCGGGCGCAGGCCCCCUCGCAAACCCAAUUCUUCGAGACCUUGCACUCACUCCUCGAAUUGGCCAUAUAGUGCGCAACAAUUCCUGCCUUAAGCACGCGACCAGACUCAAUAGAUCCAGGGCCCAAACAAUUGCCUUUGAGACCGCUCAAUCAAUAGAUUCAAGGUUUCGAUGGGGAGAGGCUCGUCCUUAUGCAGCCCUUUCUUGGGAAGCUUUACUCUCCGAGAUCGAGAUAUUGGAAUCCAAAGCAUGGAACGAUGAACAUGAGCCGUAUCUACCAUUUUUCCGCCCGCCAGCAAGCAUAGAGCAAAUCACACGAGUUGAACAGAAAUUAGGAGUCACACUACCACAAGACUACAAGGAAUUCUUAACAAUAUCAAACGGUCUUGGUUCAUUCAAUCGAUACGAUGUUGCCCCGCUGCUAUCGGUUGACGAGAUAUUUUGGGACACAAGAUACGACGGACUCAAGGCCGAAUAUCGCCGGUUCGAGUCCGAUUCACUCAUUUCCCAACUCCCAUCCUUAAAUAGAAUACUUCAAGUGACUGACACCGACGAGGACCAAUACUUAUACUGGUUGUUGAUCGAACCCUCCCUUAUUCAAGAGGCAAGAGAGUCAGUAGGGGAGGAUGGACCUGACGAGUGGCUUGGGGCCACCUACGCUGCCUGGGACCCACAACUUACUCACCGUGAACAUGCCAUGUUUGCGCACUACGACUCCGGGCUUUGUAUAAACGCACCGAUUCAUCCUCAAGUAUCGGUUAUAUUCACAACGUCAGCGACAAAGGGUUACUCAGACUUUACGCCAAACGACAUUCCAUUUUCCGAUCCUAAACUUCAAAUAUCUUUCGAAACGAAAGAAAUGAUGGAGGAUACAAUGAUCCUACUCCGGUUCAAUUGUCCUGACGCGGAUUGCGAUGUCAUUGCUCAAGGCUGGGGCGACCUCAAAUGGCACGUAAAAGAGAAACACGAUUCGAUACUGUGUGAUCUGUGUAUUCGUCACAAGAAAAUCUUUGCCCAUGAACACACGCUCUACUCCCCUGUCACGUUUAGUCUUCAUAUGCCAUCGGUCCAUACUCGCCGGUUCAGUGCUCAAGAAAAAGCUAACGCGAGUUUACCUGAUAUUGUCCAUCCAAUGUGUCAAUUUUGUCGGGAAUGCUCCUUUGGUGAUGAUGAACUCUUUGCGCAUCUACGAGAGCAUCACGAGGAAUGCUUCGUCUGCAAGCGAGAAGGGGUCAGAGACCAAUACUUUCGUAAUUAUGAGCAGCUUGAACAACAUUUCAAAGAGCGACAUUAUCCCUGCACCCAUCCCACAUGCCUCGAGCAAAAGUUUGUCGUAUUCGCCACUCAACUCGAUCUUCAGGGCCAUCAGGUGGAUGUCCAUGGAGAACAAAUGUCGAGUCGGGAUCGGCGAGAUGCACGUCGUGUUGAUCUUGCUUUUAGCUCCGGAACUCGAGGUGGUAGAGGUCGAGGCGGCCGGGUGCAAGUGAAUGAAACAACCGAAAGCAGAGCAAGAGAGCCUCCAGCACAAGCUACGACCCAACCACCUCCGCAACCAGGUCCCCCUCCAGGUCGAGGAAGUCGACGUGCUGCAUUCGGCGCCUCUUUAACGGUCGGAGGGCCUAGUGCACAAAAUGGAUCACCGGCUUCUCAACAGGGGCCACCUCGACCCCCUCCUUCACGGACACCUGAUCCUGAUGUUGAUCCCGAGACAUUAGAGCAACACAAUCAAUUCCUCAGUCUUUUGGAUUUGUAUGCGUCCACAAACGGCGCAACAGCGAUUCGAGGCGCGAUUAGAUCGUACAAAUCGAAUGAAUCGAGCGCAAAGGACAUGCUUACAACCAUUCGUACCGUGUUGGACGAUAACAUGAACGCAAUGUCAACUUUAGUCAACGGUCUGGUUCCUCUAUUUGACGAAGAAAAACGUGGUGAUAUCCUCAAUGCAUGGAAUGGCAUGAAGAUCGAGCAACGAGAUCAAUUCCCAUCUCUUACACCUACCUCUCUUGGAUCUGGUUUUGCUGAUAUCGCAAGUGGCCGGGUUUUAAACGUCAAGCAUUCAACUCGAUCAUCUGGUUCCCGAGCGGGCUCAUCAUCUCGUUCUACUGGUGCAGUAUGGGACCGUGUCGAACGGGUUGCAGCUGGGCUCGGUGGGCCUACUCCCGCAUUGCAAUCCAGUGCCGCUCCCAAGCCUAUCAAGCCGAAUCCUUUCCCUCCGCUUGGUGGUGGUGCCGGUGGUGGUACUUCGCGGUCCGGUGCCUCGAGCUCGUCUACUCCAUGGAGUGGCAGUGCGACGACACAAAGUUCACAACACAUUAUUAUAGCACCUGCAAGAGCGCCCGAGCCGGUGAAGAAUAAUGCAGGAAGGCCCCCACCUAUAACCAGCUCGAGUGCGUUCCCUGAACUUCCGAGCUCAUCUGCCUCGAGAGCUGCGAUCCCGAAGAUGAGCGGAAACCAAUCUUUGAAGAGGAUCACUGGCGAAUCUCCUGCUCUCGGUAGUGUAUGGGGUGGAGGCUCAGAGAACAACACUCCUACAAUCGAAGAACCGGCGCCUGCAACGAAUGCUGGCGGGAAAGGGAAGAAGAAGAAAGGAAAGGAAACGUUAUUCACAUUGGGCUCGUUCCCUAACUAA